UCAUUUUACAUGGUAAAAUUGCUGCACUUCUUCUCCAUCGCCACUCAACAAAUGCAGAAGUUUUAACAAUGGACGCAUCUCGCUUGUAUAAAUCCUCCAACGAACUCGCUCACGACCUUUAUACAAUCCCUAGUUACACCAGUUGGUUUUCUUGGCAAAGCAUACAUGAGGUGGAAAGGUUGUCAUUGCGAGAAUUCUUCGAUGGCAGUUCGGUUACAAGGACACCCAGAAUCUACAAAGAGUACAGGGACUACAUGAUUACCUCAUACCGUGAGGAUCCGACUCGAAGGCUUUCGUUUUCCGAUAUCCGGAAGUCGUUGGUGGGUGAUAUAAGUGUGCUACACAAGGUUUUUACCUUUUUGGAGAAGUGGGGUUUGAUUAAUUUUGACCCUAGUAAUGCUGAAACGCCGGCUGCUAUUCAUGCUCCAGCGGAAGAGGAUAAGGAGGAUGAGAAGUGGAGGAUUAGGGUUGAAGAAGGGACCCCACAUGGGGUUAGGGUUGUGGCAGCUCCUCAUUCUUUGAAACCCCUUGCACCGGUUCCGUCACCGGUUAUCACAGGGCACAGAGGUGCUGGAAAGGGGAGGGGUGGUGUUACGGUGGAUAAUAUACCAAAGUUUUCGCCUAUGGCAUCGUAUUUAGAUGUUUAUGGGGAGUUGGUGGGGCAGCAGAAGGAGGAAAGUGUAGUCUGUCUGAGUUGUAAAGAACUGUGUGCUUCGGGUCAUUAUGAGUACAGCAAGGAUGCGAGCUCGAAUUUAUGCGAGAAGUGUUUUAAAAGUGGUAAUUAUGACAAAAACAAAUUUGCAGAUGAAUUCAAGCCCAUAGAUGGUGCGAACCCUAAAGCCAACUGGACCGAAGCCGAAACUUUACUCCUAUUAGAAUCUGUACUGAAGCAUGGUGAUGACUGGGAUCUUGUCACUCAAAAUGUCAAAACGAAGAGUAAGCUGGAUUGUAUCUCCAAGCUUAUACAGUUGCCAUUUGGGGAUCUUAUGCUUGGCUCUAUUCAUAAAAAGUUUAAUCUUUUGGACAAGAAUUGUGAGGUAAGGGGCGUGAAUCAAGCUCAACCUGCAAUAAGUGAGUCUCGAGAAACUCCUGGAAAUCAAUCUCAUGAGCAGAACCAGGAGCGUCAACAGAAUGGAAAUGCUGAAUGCGGAACCCCUCCCCUCAAGAAAAUACGCAGGGCUCCAGUUUCAGAAGACAGUAGUUUCCUGAUGAAACAGGUAGCUCACAUUUCUGGUGCUGUUGGUCCACAUAUCGCAGCAUCUGCAGCUGAGGCUGCUGUUACAGCCCUUUGCUAUGAGAAUCAGUGUUCAACAGACAUUUUUGAUGGAGAUGAUAAUGGAUUGGGAUCAAUUGCUGAUAUCAGCGAGACAGAGAGGACAAGUCAAGUUGUAGGUGCUGAAGGGGAAGAAAAGCAUGUCAGAUCAGAAACAGAAGUGGAAGUCUCUCAGAGGAACAGUAUAUCACUAACUUUACGUACGAGGGCCGCAACUGCUACUGCUAUAGGUGCUGCUGCUGCUCAUGCCAAAUUGUUGGCCAGUCAAGAAGAGAGAGAAAUAGAAUAUCUGGUUUCUACUUUGGUUGAAGCACAGGUGAAGAAGUUGAAACGCAAAAUGAAACAUGUUGAAGCUCUGAACCUGAUGAUGGAGAAGCAGCAUGGCCAAAUGAAGGAUCUAGAAGAGUCUUUAGUUACGGAGAGAAUGGACAUCUUGCAGAAGAUAUUUAGUUCCGGGGUAUCUAGAUGGAGGGAUCAUGCUUCGGUUAAAUCUCAAAGCAGCACCAGCAGCAUAUAACUUGACGUUUCUUGAAUUGCAUAUACAGUGUUGUUAUAGAGAAAACUCACCAUUAGUUUGCUUCUUCAGAUAUUCUCCUGAGUCCUGAUGAUGAUUGUCAACAUGUGCUGACCUGGUUUAUACUUCAGGUGCUUACUUUUGCUGUUAAGUUGGAUGCUAUGUUGCUCGGUCUCUUCAAAAAGUGCAACAGGUGCGUGUCAGGUUCUUCAAAAGUAGUGCAUUUUUGGAGAGCCCGACACGGGUGUGGCAUCAAAAGUGAAGAGUCCGCGCAACUAAAGUUGAAUUGCACUCCUUUUUCGUAACUUCAUUAUUAACUAUAAAUUUCACAAUAACUACUUUAUACCGUUUCCUUGUUACUUA